AUGGCUGAUGUGGUCAAAGGCAAUAGAACUGUACAACAAGGGUUACAACUCAACAUUUAUCCACCUGAGGUGAGGGAUGGAGUUAAAGUUGUGAAGCUGAAUCAGAAAAAAAUAGAGCAGCAAUACCAAAAAUGGGAAUCAACACUCAUAGGGUACGUUAUAGGAGGAAAUCCUACUUUCAAAGAGAUGCUGAAAUUUGCAUAUGAGGUGUGGAACUCAGUUACUACUCCUACGGUAUUAUUACAUGAUGAUGGUUAUUUCAUAUUUAUAUUUGAGUCAAUUGAGGACAAAAUGCAUAUUGUGGCAAAAGGACUAUAUACUUUCAAUAAUAGAGCAAUAGUACUGAAGAAUUGGGAGCUAAAUUUUGAGCUUGAUAAAGAGCCUAUGCGUGUGAUGCCACUGUGGGUCACCUUUCCAGGCUUACCUAUUCAAUAUUGGGCAGACAAAAAUCUGGGAAGAAUUGCAAGUUAUUUGGAAAAACUUAUAUGCACUGACAUACUAACAUCACAAUGUGAAAGAAUAUCCUAUGCUCGUGUGUUGAUAGAAAUGGAUAUAACACAGCCACUACCAGAUGAACUGAAUAUAGAGUAUCCUGAUGGUAAAAUUAUGGUGAAAAUAGUGGAGUAUGAAUGGAAGCCAAAAUUUUGUCAAGAGUGCAACCAAUUUGGGUAUCCUAAUGGGGAAUGUAAACUGGAAAAAUAG